UUGAAGUAAUUGUGAGAUCCCAUCCUCAUCAUUCAUUAUCAUAAUGAUGUUAAUUAAAACCAAACAACAUAAGCAGUCAAUUCAAUAAGCUGUGGCCAGUUUGUCUCCAGUUGCAUAGGAGUUUAGUAUGACGGAAGCAACCACUAGCAGUCGAAUAUUUCAACACUAUCAAAAGGAAGUUGAGAGCUUGAUUUCAGAGUUAAGAGCUCAAGUUGACCAAGCAUACUCUUCUCUAGUGUCUUUGGACGAACGUAAAACCUCGCUGAAAAAUGCAGAGCGUUUGUUGGAUGAAGUCUCACAGGGCUUACAUUCACUGGAGUUGGAAGCUUAUUCCGAGACAGUAGAACCGCAAAGACGAAACGACGUCCAGCGAGUCUCUAGUUUAAAGAAACAGCUGGAGAGUUUACGAAAAGAUUGGAAAGAUGCCAAGAUUAUUUUAUCAGAGGAACGAGACAAGUUGGAACGCAACGAUUUACUAAAAGAAGUUGAACAAGACUUGGAGUCUGGUUCGUUAGAGCAACGUCAAAAGUUUGUUUCGGUUUCUGGAAAACUGGAAAAAGGAAAAGAAGUACUUCAUGAUAGUCGCAAAACUUUGGAAGAAACGGAACAAGUGACCCGAGGAAUUUUAGAAGAUUUAAGAUAGAUGCAGCACUUCUUCGUAGUCGGGGACUUUUGUCUUCC